AGCAGGAUGAGUCACCCAGCAGCCCCAUAACACUAAUGCACUUAGAAAUAUAGCAAUGUUCUUCUUGCUAUAGAUAUUGUGUGAUUUUUUUCAGUCUUUAGAUAUUCCCAUUAUAUUAUUGAAAGCAUUAUGUUGUGAAAUUUCAGGCUCUAAAAUGCAUUGAUUAAAUGAAGACAUUCUGUGGUUAUGUGCAAAAGUUCCAUGCACAAAUUUGUUCAUGAAGUUUAAACCAACACCCCACCUGUCAAAAGCCCAUAGUGAUGAAUAUCAUUUCAUUAUUAAUACUCUCCACUCCAAACUUACAGAGAGCAGCUCAUCUCAGAGCUGAAUGUCUGUUACACUCCUGAUGAGGAGUAAAUUGUUCUCUUUCUCUCUGACAGGGGAGGAGCACCGUCUCUCAGAGCUGAGGAUUGUGCUGCUGGGGGGGAGACUGAGUGGGAAGAGUUCAGCAGGAAACACCAUCCUGGGCAGAGAGGAGUUAGAAUCUGGAGUAAGAACUGCACAGUGUGUGAAGAGACAGGGUGAAGUAGCUGGGAGACAGGUCACUGUGGUCGACACACCAGGCUGGUGGAAUAAUUAUUCUGUGAAGCACACGGCAGAGCUGGAUAAACAGGAGAUUGUGCGCAGUGUGUCUCUGUGUCCCCCAGGACCCUGCACUCUCAUCCUGGUCAUUGAUGUGAGCCCAGCAUUCAGAGAGGAACACAGGAUUUCAGCGGUGGAACACCUGGAGCUUCUCAGUGAGAGAGUCUGGAGACACACUAUAGUGCUGUUCACCUUUGGAGACUGGCUUGGAGACACAACCAUUGAGCAGCACAUUGAGACUGAAGGGAGGGCCCUCCAAGAGCUCAUAGAGAAAUGUGGGAACAGGUAUCAUGUUCUCAACAAUGAGAACAGGGCUGAUGGGACUCAGGUCACAGAGCUGCUGGAGAAGAUAGAGGAGAUGAUGGCAGGGCAUGGAGGCUCUCACUAUGAAAUAGAUAGAAUGCUCUUACAGGAGGUGGAAGAGAAGAGGAGUGCAGUGGAAGAACGAGUGAAACAGAGGGUGACAAAGGUUCAGAAUCAGAGAAAACCUCUUAGAGCACUUUUUGAGGGUAAGUUUUUUUCAUUCAUUGAAAUUAUUUUUUAG